CUUCGCCUUCUGUCAAUCUUUUUGUUCAUGUGCGCUCUCGCCUCUCGGCUUCAUCAGUUUUUGACGGAUUUACUUGAAAAUUGUGAAUAUUUCGAAUAAAACGUGGUGAAAUCUUCAAACUUUUUUUGAAAAAUGCAACCGCAAAUAGUUCUGCUAAAGGAAGGUACCGAUACCUCUCAGGGAAAGCCGCAGCUAAUUUCUAACAUCAAUGCCUGCCAAUCAAUCGUAGAUGCGGUGCGAACUACGCUUGGUCCACGCGGUAUGGAUAAGCUGCUCGUGGACAACAAUGGCAAGGCAACGAUUUCAAACGAUGGCGCAACGAUUAUGAAGCUGUUGGACAUUGUACAUCCCGCGGCCAGAACUUUGGUUGACAUUGCAAAAUCACAGGACGCUGAGGUUGGCGAUGGGACUACCAGUGUAGUAAUGUUGGCGGGAGAAUUCCUGAAACAGUUGAAGCCGUAUAUCGAGGAAGGAGUGCACCCAAGAAUAAUUAUCAAAGCCGUACGAAAGGCACUCACCUUGUGUGUUGCGAGGAUCAACGAGAUGGCCUUCAAAAUAGAGAAACAUGACGAAGAAAAGCACCGAGCUUUGCUGGAGAAGUGUGCGGCUACUGCCAUGAACUCGAAACUUAUUCACCAGCAGAAGGAUUUCUUUUCUAAAAUGGUCGUUGACGCUGUGACCACUCUGGAUGCGUUGCUUCCUCUGAACAUGAUUGGCGUCAAAAAAGUCACCGGUGGUGCCUUGGAGGAUUCUCUACUUGUUGAUGGCGUAGCAUUUAAGAAGACAUUCUCGUACGCUGGCUUUGAGAUGCAGCCUAAGUCGUAUGAAAAUGUAAAAAUAGCACUUUUGAACAUUGAACUGGAGUUGAAAGCUGAGCGUGAUAACGCCGAAGUUCGCGUUGACAAUGUGAAAGAAUACCAAAAGGUCGUGGAUGCCGAAUGGCAAAUUUUGUACGAUAAGUUGGAAAAGAUUCAUUUGUCUGGUGCUCAGGUCGUCCUUUCCAAACUGCCGAUCGGCGAUGUUGCUACACAGUACUUUGCCGAUAGGGACAUGUUUUGCGCUGGUCGCGUCCAAGAGGAAGAUCUGAAGCGAACUCUCAAGGCUUGCGGUGGAGCAGUGAUGACCACCGUGCAAGAUAUCGACGACAAGGUGCUCGGCACGUGUGCACACUUCGAGGAGCGUCAGGUGGGUGGCGAACGGUUCAACAUUUUCCAAGGCUGCCCGAAUGCGAAAACAUGUACUCUGAUUCUACGCGGUGGUGCCGAUCAGUUUCUGGAAGAAACGGAACGGUCCUUACACGAUGCAAUUAUGAUUGUAAGACGCACGAUUCGAAAUGACUCGGUCGUUGCAGGUGGUGGAGCCAUUGAGAUGGAACUGUCGAAAAUGCUACGUGACUAUUCGCGUACCAUCGCUGGUAAGGAGCAGCUAUUGAUUGGAGCGAUAGCAAAGGCGCUGGAGGUAAUUCCUCGCCAACUUUGCGAUAAUGCAGGCUUCGAUGCGACCAACAUCUUAAACAAGCUGCGUCAGAAGCACGCCCAAGGCUGCCAGUGGUAUGGUGUGGACAUCUUGAAGGAACACAUUGCCGACAAUUUCGAAGCCUUUGUUUGGGAACCAUCAGUCAUCAAAAUCAACGCGCUGACGGCAGCAUGCGAAGCGACGUGUAUGAUCCUUUCGGUAGAUGAAACGAUUAAAAGCCCGAAAUCUGCCGGCGGCGAAAUGCCUCAAGCACCAAUGGGAAGAGGAAUGGGUCGCCCGUUUUAAUGUAAUCGUUAUGCACAAUAAUGUAUCGAUAAUAUUAACAACUUCUUUUAAACUCACUAAUUUAGAUCCAUAAUUUCUCUUCCAAUAAGUUUUUUUGUUAACCUUUAGCACAAUACAUUGCUUCUCCGUUUGCGUUGUCCAAUGCAUAGUUUUCGUUACAGUCAUAAUCAAGUACAUUGCAUAAAUAUACUUAUACUCACAGCACCUCAUACCAAUAAAAAGAUAGUCUCGCUUUGAAACCUAAA